CGUCCUGCUGGGCCUCAUGUACCUGCGGAUGAGGGGCUCCAGCUCCUCGGAGCGGGAUGCAGGCAUCGUACUUCACCCAUUCGGACCAGAGUUUGAUCUGCAUUAUGACGUCAAAGACCGAGACCUCAUCCUUAACCUGCUCCUGUCUCUACAUGAGCACCUGGCCAAUGUCGCUGGAGAACAUGAUUGUGGAGACCUUAAAAAUUCUUUAAACAGAAGUGUCUCUUUUAGUGACGCCUCUACGUACCUCAAGCUCCAAAAUGAAGCCUAUGAAAACAUGAUUGAAACGUCUUUAGAGUGGGUCAUGAAAACCAAAGAUGUUGUCGGUAUAAGGUUGAUUGGUGCUGACCCUGCUCAACCCAUAGAGGACGUAUCAGAAAUCUCACGACUGGAGUCCAUCCACCCCCGCAUGUCCUUCUUCUGUCGCCUCAGACGCGCCUUCUUCACUGUGAUCCACAGAGUUCUCUUCGUCCUUGCAGGCAUCGGUGUAGUUUUGGGUUUGGUGUAUUAUAUGAAAUACAGAUGGCGCAAAGAAGAGGAGGAAACUAGACAGAUGUAUGACAUGGUGGAGAGGAUCAUCGAUGUAAUGAGAAGCCACAAUGAAGCCUGUCAGGAGAAUAAGGACUUGCAGCGGUAUUUGCCCAUCCCUCACGUCCGUGACUCUCUUGUCCAGCCUCAAGACAGAAAGAAGAUGAAGAAGGUGUGGGACAGAGCCGUUGCAUUCCUCUCAGCUAAUGAGUCCCGCAUCCGGACAGAAACGCAGAGGAUUGGAGGGGCGGACUUCAUGGUGUGGCGGUGGCUUCAGCCCUCAGUGUCACCUGAUAAGAUGUCCAGCAUGCCCUCCAAAGUGUGGCAAGGCCAAGCAUUUCCGUUGGACCGAAGAAAUUCGCCACCAAACAGCUUAACGCCGUGCUUGAAGAUUCGCAACAUGUUUGAUCCUGUAAUGGAAGUAGGGGAAAACUGGCACCUCGCCAUUCAAGAAGCCAUUUUGGAGAAGUGCAGUGAUAACGAUGGAAUCGUUCACAUAGCUGUUGACAAAAACUCAAGAGAGGGCUGCGUUUAUGUGAAGUGCCUUUCAGCAGAGCAUUCUGGGAAAGCCUUCAAAGCGCUUCAUGGCUCUUGGUUUGAUGGUAAGCUGGUGACAGUCAAGUAUCUACGGCUGGAUCGCUACCACCAGCGUUUCCCACAAGCCCUGGGCUGCAACACGCCCCUCAAGCCCUCCAGCUCCUGCAUGAACAGCAUGUCUCGCCUGAACCAGCGAUCCAGCACAUCCAGCUCACUGGGUUUCUCUUGAGGCACAUGCUAACGGCCACCACCAUCCUCUCUGCUCUCUCUUUCGCUAUAUACGAGGCUCCCUUCUCCUGCGUCCUCUUCACCAGAGAGAACUGCGUUCAGGAGCUUUUACAGUUGGGCGACCUGGGAUGCCCAAUCAGUGUUGUCAGCCAUAUGCAAGCAAUGGUGUUUAAACCUGUGAGCUGCUGUGUUUUUUUUUUUUUUCUUUGUUCCUGUCCUUCGGUAUCAAGGAAAGCAAGGCAGAUGCACACACUUGCGUGAAACCGGUGGAGAGAGAGUUGCUCGGUCCGGUGAGAACUUUUAGGAGAGGUGGACGACGCAAUUUCUGUCCUUCUCAUAUCUGGUGCAAGUGGACACAAAUUUCUGUUUCUUAUGUAUUUGCUUUGUUUUUGAUAAACCGUCUUUAUGGAUUCAUUGACAAAAAUGGCUUCCAACUUUAAAUCUCACAACACGAUUGAGAGUUUACCGGCCUCUGCUUAUUUUUUACGUAACUAACUCCCCUCCUUAAUUCCAAGGAGCUCUGUUGGGCUAUACGUAGCUGCAUGUGCUGGUUAAAGUAUGUCUAUAUUUAAGCUUUGAAUUGUAUCAUAUAUUGUGGAUGUUUAUUUCCCUGAUGCUGUUUUAGCUGAUGUAUUCCCUUUAUUAUUUUUCUUUGCCUUUUUGUUUUGUAGUUUUUAGUCGAAGAACAGCAUGCACACACUCUAGAAAGGGGUGCUGUAAAUAACUCGUUGAAUGGUGGUGGUUGAAAUCAUGUGUAUGAAACAAAUCGUCAUAAGCUCUUGUUUGUUUCUUGCCAACAGAAUAACUACACUGCUGCAUUCAGAGACGUGUCAUGUGGAAGGGUCUACAUGGCUUUAUGAGAGAAAUUAACAAUUGUGUUUCCCUUCAAUGCCAUGUUUCUGAACACUAGUCUUAAUUGUCAGCCUGAUUAUAUUCAAGUAUAUAAUUAUUUACUGUUGUUUUGUUUAUAUUUUAAAAGUUAUGCUUUUCCCAUUAUAGUUGGUGCAGAUGGAUGUUCUCUCCCCCCCCCUUACUGGUCACUUGGCAGAUUUUAAAUGCCACCCUGUCGCUGUUUUUAAUCUGUCCCCGACCCUUCUAAAUUUCUCUAAGGAGAUGUUUUUGAUGGAAGUUGUUUUCUGACUUUCUUGUACACACUUGUGCUACGGUCGCAGCCUGAUAUGGUGAUCUUGAUUCUAAUUUGUAUCGGGACACAUUCAUAAACGGAGCAUGUCAUGCUGCGGUCAUGUCUAUUUUGGAUCACAGAAAGAUUUAUCAGCUUUUGUUUAGAUGCAGUUCGGGUGGAUAUGAGGUAAAUAAAAUGUACUUGU